AGUGACCUCGCGUUGAUGGUAGUGAGCCAGCGAAUCAGCGAUAUUUUUCCGAAUCAGGAUGCAACUCGCAUGAAUUACUCGCUUUCAGCGCUUGAACUUGGUGAUAGUCUAGGAAGUAGCCGCAGUGAAUUUGUAACUCGUAUGCAUAUGUCAUGUUCCUGCUGGAAAGGAAUGCUUAGGGUGGUGUUUGGGGUGAUCGUCGUGCAGCCUAAAGCACCAAAAACUAAGAAAGUACUGGAGAAUAAGGUUAUCCAUCCAUAUAGCAGAAAGGCUGCACAGCUAGUACGGGAGUCACAUAAACAAGAGAAGAAAGAUAAGAUAAAGAAUGAGAAGGCUAUACGUCUAAAUGCAGUUGGUGAAAAACUGCUGUGGUUUCAAAGUCAUCUCGAACCCAAUAAGACUGAGUACACUAAGCAGGAAGCCUGUGAGAUUAUAGAACAGUAUUUGCACAGAUUUGAUACUGAGUUAGAACAAAUUGAAUUGGCAAAUAGCAUUAAAGGCAGACAAGGAAGACAGCACCAGGCUCGUGAAGCCAUUCUGAAACAGACAAUUGAACGUGAAAGGCUUCAGUAUGAAGAAAAUGGUUUAGAGAUUCCUGAUAUUAUCAAUGUAAAGCAUCUAAAAGUCUUCAGAGAAUGGGAUGGUGAUCUAAAAGUGCUCCCAAACAUCAAAGUGAAGAAAGUCUCAGUAAAAGAUUUGAUUUCUACCCAGAAAGGAAACAAAGAUGAAGUAGACUUACAAAAAAUACAGAAUCAAGAUGAUGUCUCAGAACAUUAAGGAGUGAGAAAAUGUCCUUUUAAGAAAAGGUGCACUGCCAACUGUUGAAUAAUGUGAUUGCCACAUUCGCUGCUGAGGUACACAUGGUGAAAAUGUUAAUACCUCAGACGUCAUUCUUGAGCAAGUGUACAUUUCCUUAAUAGUUUUAACAUACCAAUUUAUAGGUGAAAUGCUAUUCUGGAAAAUAAUGACUAAGACAUGCAAGAGCUUUAAAUGCCACAGUUUUCUGUUAACCUUCUCCAAUCUCUCAUUAAAAUAUUUUGUCAUGUUUUUCCUAAAAUGGAAUGUAUUCUGAAGCAGUCAGAUUAAACUUUUAAAAAUCGAUGGUGAAACUCUUCUGGCUCAUCGCUACCACAGCUUGCUUAUGGUUUUUUUUUUGUGACUUAUUGUUAGAUGAGAUCUUGUACUUAUUCCAUUAACAUCAGAAUGGAUCCUGAGAAACAUGUAAAUUUACUCUGCCUUUUUUCCCAGUUGCUAUUAUUGUGAAAAUACCCUGUCACUCGCAGUUAGCCUGACUUCAGUGGUUGGAAAGAGUUGGAGUCCAUUAUUGAGGAUAUGGUUUUGGGGUACUUGGAGGCACAUAAUAAACCAAGCCACUAGCAUUCAAAUAUUAUGGAAAAGUAGUGUGGUUCAGGUGAGGAUGACCAGUCUUACUAAUUUAAAACUGUUGGUCACCUGCAAAAUAUUUAUUAAGCCAAAGAGUGAAUGUGAAUGGAUGGCAUUCAGAAGAGUAAUGCAUUAAUAAAAGUACUGGGAAGGUAGAAGAUUGGCAAGCUCUUAAAAACCAAUAGAAGACAACUGAAAUAAACUAGGUAGUGUUGAGGAAGCAGGUUUUCUACAGAAGGAUGUAGACAGAUUUGGGAAUUGGCAAAUGUGCCAGAUGGAAUGUAGUGCACUUUAGCAGAAGGAGUAAAGGCAUGUUCUAUUUUCUAAAUGGGAAGAGAAUCAAUAAUCAGAGAUGCAAAGGGACAUGGGAGUCCUCGUGCAGGAUUUCCUAAAGGUUAACUUGCAGUUUGAGUUGGUGGUAUGGAGGGGAAAUGCAAUAUAAGCAUUCAUUUCGAGAGGACUCUUAAUACAAGAGCAAGGCUGCAAUGCUGAAGCUUUAUAAGGGAUUGGUCAGACCGCACUUGGAGUAUUGUGAGCAGUUUUGGGUCUCAUAUUUAAUAAAAGACAUGCUGGCAUUGGAGCCCAUCCAGAGGAAGUUCACGAGAAAUCCCAGGAAUGAAAGGGUUAAUGUAUGCGGAGUGUUUGAUGGCUCUGGGUCUGUACUCGCUGGAGUUUUUUAAGAACGGUGGUGGGGGGGUGGUGCUCAUUGAAACGUAUUGAAUGUUGAAAGGCCUACAUAGAGUGGAUGUGCAGAGGAUGUGUCCAUUUAGCAGACAGCUGUACAGGAUAGUUCAUUAAGGUAGAGGUUGAUAGGUUCUUGGUGUCAAGGUGUCAAAUGUUAUGGGCAGAAAGCAGGAGAAUGGGGUUGAGAGGGAUAAUAAAUCAGUCAUGAUGGAAUAACAGAGCAUGCUCGAUGGGCUGAAUGGCCUAAUUCUGAUCCUUUGUCUUAUGGUCUUUUACAUUAGUGGAUUGAGCAUUUUUUCUGCACAGUCAGGUUUGAACCAUGUGGUCUGUGUCCUGUGACCAAGCUACUUUGAAGAAAGGUUCGUGACUGAUUUGGAAUAAUAUAUAUCUGAAUAACCUGAAAAUAUAUUUUUUGUAUAUUUAAAAGAAAUUGUGAAUUGCUUCUUUGCUACAGCCUAAUAACACACUAAUACUUAAGAAUCCUGUAAAAGUGUGGCAACAAAAAAACAAACAGCUGUUUUUCCCAAGCAUUUUCUACUCUAAGUUACCAGAGAGGUAUAAUAGUGAAAUGGUGAAUUUUGACUACAAAAGGUAAUGGGCAUUCCAGCGUGGAAGCUUGUGCAGGGCAGAUUCUAGGAGUCUUGUUCAUGUGAACACUGAUUAAUGGCCUCUGCUGAGCAUCACAGGAGACAAAAUUUUAAGUGUUAAUGUUUCCUAAAUUUAUCUGUGACAGAAUCAAAUAUACUCAGCUCAAAUAUAUUGCUUUUACACCCUCUGAAAUGCACAGACAUUCUUUAAUAGAGCAUCUAAAAUGUAAUUUUUGUCUGUUUUCAAGGAGUGAGAAAGCAUUCAGUCCAUCUCUCUUAUUCCAUCUAUGGGGGGAAGCAAAUUAGUCCUACUUCCUUUCAGCAGCAAUGUUUUCUUUUUCAUAUAUCUGGUUGAGAUCGCUAUUGAAUCAACUUCUGUUAUCCAAAUGAUAAUAAAUUGCUUCCUUUAUAGAUAUUUUAAGACUUAAACCUCUUGUACUCCAGGUGGUGACUUCCCUACUUCCCUGCUAAUGGAAACUUGUUUACAUAAUACAUAUUUACGUGAUCAAAACAUAGUAUGAUUUUGAUAAAGUUGUGUGAAAUCUUCCCUUGUUUCCUCUCUAUUCAAAGGAGAACAACAUCUGCUUCUAACAUUUUGGCACCAGUUUUAAGAAGUAAGUGCGGUCCAUCAGGACUUGCUGCAGAGUUUGAGAUUGUGGGAAGAGUUAUUUGUGGAUUUUAGUGCCUGAUUUUAAAAGCUGACACAGAGUGACACAAAGGUUGGUGGUGUUGUGGAUGGUGUAGAGCAGUGGUCCCCAACCUCCGGGCUGCGGACCGAUACAGGGCCGCGAAGCAUGCAGUGGUAGU